UUUAAGCCACUCUUGGAAAUGAUUUGAGCUUCAACUGAAGCAGUCGACCACGUUUCAAGAUGUCUUUGUUUAACGUCUUGGUUCUCUUCGUGUAUUUGCAAUUGUCAACGAUAAUUUUUGGUCAUGAAAAUUCAACGAAUAAUGAUGAAGUAAAUGGAAAAAAUAUAAGCAUUGUCUCUUGCCAAAAAAUUCAAUUCGAUGAGAUAAAAUUGGCAGAAGUGUUGCAUCGAAUGCGGGAACCUGCCAUAAACACCGUUGAAAUAACAGUGACCGUUGCUUCCGCAAAUAGAACUCGAAUUUUUCCCGAAAUGGUGUGGCCCUGGGCUAGCGAAAUUGGUCGAACUUUAAUUUCUUUGAUUUCUAUUGCUAAGACCAGUAUUUUCUUUUCGUUGGUUUUUACCUUCCCAUUAGAAGUCGGAAUUGAAAGAGUUUCUAUUGAAGUCACGGAAGAACCCAUUGGUUGUUUACUCACGGGAAAGGAAGGAUCUGAUCAGAUUUUCAACUAUCUUUUGAAUGAUCUUUUCUUACACAUGGAAGAUAAAGAUAAAGACAAGUACUACAAGCUCUGUCGUCCGCAUGAUAUUGAAGGGCCCGUUCAGUUCAACUGUUGUCGAAUUACAGGCCGUCAUGAUGAGAACCUAAAAAUCUGUGCUGAUUAUUCUUCUAUUGUGCUUGAAUGGGCUCGUCUCUGGGUUAUAAUCAUAUUAUUAACAAUAUUCUCUUUAAUGACGUUACCUUUACUAAUGGAACACAUGUUAACGUGCCAUGAAAAAAAGUUUUACAAAACUUCUUUCAGUCAUAUGUCUCUCACUUCUAUCGUGUCAAUGAUAUUCUUUGAAGGUGAUGGGCCAGUUAAAUUCCUAUUAAGACGUUGUGUAUUCGUGGGGCUUAUGUUUAUAGUUUUUCUUCCAAACAUUUUUCAGAUUUUGUGGUUGAAAAUUGUAUUUGGUAUAUGGGCUUUUUUUUUUUGUGUAUAUGACUUAGUUGAGAUGACGUGGAAAAAAUUGAGCAAGCAAAAAACCGAAAUAUUUGAACCACAGCUUGAGCAAGGCCUGAUCGAAUGUUUCACAGUUCCGUUAUCAACUCCUUUUAUAUACUACAAAUUUUCAAUUGCAACAGUUGGGCCGGGUUCAAAGUGCAAGAAUUGCUGUACUCGACUUAAGAUUCUCAUUCGAACUCUCAUUUGUGCACUGUUAACUCCUAUUUUGAUAACAUAUUAUCUUUGUAUAUUUAUCUUUUAUAAGUUUCUAAAAUGUUUUUUUUUUCCCUAUGGCUAUGCUGUUCUGCCUGUUCAAGGAGAAAAAAGUGAUAAAUGCCUGUGUAUUUUUGCAUUUCCUGUAAGAUUUCUUACUUUGGGGGCUAUCUUAUACUUUACCUGGUCGAUUCUUAUAUUCGUUUUCUCUGUAAGUGUUGGGUUGAUUCUAAAUGGAGAGAUUUUUAAUCCUGUCGUUGCCAUCGUUAUGGUACUGAUAGUCUUUUUUUGGAGAAGUUGGCAGUUUUCAGUUGAAGCACAAUGUUUGCGACUUAAAACGACCAUCAUCAACGUUUGCAAGGACAAAGCAAAAAAUAUUGUUGUCAAUAAUGGUCCUAAUGCAGGAGGCACCACGAGUUCCACAGGUAAACCAACAACUAACGCUCGCAGUAGGAAAAAUAGACAAAUUUAGGCCUGAUUAAUUCACACUAGUUCUUAAGAAUGGGGGAUCAAUUGUAUUAUUUUCCGAUAGACAAAACAUUUUGCGUACUAUAGUGACCCCAUA